CGCAACGUCACUUGCGCCGCACCACAUCACCUUUGCGCCUUGGGUUUUCUAGUACACGAAACGAUUGAUCGAACCCAUCAAGCCCCAUAACCACCUCGACGACCUCAAAAUCGGUCUCAGACAACGCGAAAACCUGGCAUCAGGCACUACCCGACGGACGCGAUCGGCUCGCAAAUACCACAAAAAAACGCAAACCAACUCUCCCGUUUGCACUCACUUGCCUCAAGCAUCUGGCAAGACCCUCGCAGCAAAUCUUGCAGGCAAUAAUGCCCUCUACCCUCAACGCGCCUGUCUUACAGGUGGAUGCCAACAUUGUCAAGCUGGUGGACACCUCAAAUCCUCAGAACCUGUUCAACCUCUGGAGUACCACGACACAGCCACGAGAUAUCCAGCAACCCAACACACUCAAGUCUUCUGCCGAGGACGUGCCACAACUCUCAGGGAGUGUCGACUCCAUUGCAGACGAAGAGGCCGUCGAGUUCUCUUCGGAUUCAUCACCCGUCGACAUCGUACAUCCUCGCAUCCGUCGUCAGGAUUCCUGCACCAUCUACCCGAGCAGACGGGAUCGCCACAUCUCGUCCGAUAACCUCGAGAAGAUGGUCGCCUCCAUUGUGGAGCAAAAGGAGUCUCUUUCUGCCCCUCUUCCCGAGAUUCCCGCGUCCCUGUCGCCACCCAAGCAGGAGGAGCAGAAGGAGGAGCUGGAUUCCCCACCAGCACUAUCGUACUCGGGCUCAACCACCACCGAGUCGCCGAGCAAGGACUCUGACCGACCCUCAGAGCGCUCCCAGGACAACCCGUCCUCCCUCGAGCUUCCCAUGAUCAAGACGACCACCGUCGUGCGCGGCUUCUCGCCUGCCCAGCACCCUCACCCAGCUGCCUUCACCCCACUGCGGUCCACUACUGAUAUCCCCGAGCCCAAGUCCUCCCCAGCGGCCAAGAAGGUGGAGCCUAAGAAGAAAGCCACUUUUAUGUUGGGUGCCUCAUCCGAGGAGUCAUACAACAGUGACGACGGCCAGACUGUUGAAGUCCGUCACCAGAAGACCCUUGCACCACCAGCUGUCGUGGUAAACAAGCCCAAGAUGUUCCAGAUUGGCGGCUCGUCCGAGGAGGACAGCUCGAUCAAGAGCGCCCUGGCAUCUCCCCGCAACCCCAAGCUGGCCCUGCCCAAGAAGUCGACCUCGUUUGCCAACAACUUGACCACCACGAUACCGUCGGCGAGCUCUUCUGCCAUCAUCGAGGAUGACGAGGAGAUCAGCUACGACGAGAGCGCCAUCGAGUCGGACGACGACGACGAGUGGGAGGAUUCCAACGAGGACAGUGGCACAAACAGCGUCGAUGAGAAGUCGCUGUUCCAGCGUGUCGACUCCAAGGCGAACCUGACUUCCCGCCGUUCCCUCAUCACGCUGGCGCUCGAGCAGAACCAGCGCCGCGGAAACCUGGGUGGCGUCGCCUCCCGCUCUACUCCCGCUAUCCCACACCGCGGCCGGGCCCCCCUCAGUGGUCCAUCUCCACUAGUGUCGUCCCCCAACGACUCGGACGAUGCACCACUUACCAUGAAGCGACAGCCUCGUGCCACGCCAAUGCGGCCUAUCAACGAAGUCCCUCGAUCCACAGUACAGCCCAAGCCCAUCAUGGCUGCUCCCCUGAAUGGCGUCGGCCAGCAGCAGCCAUUGGCGCUAUCUCCAAGGACAACCCGGCGUAACAUGCUGGCUACCGAACUGACAGAGUCUCUGCGGCGCGACCUGUUGCACGAGCGCUCUCAGCUGAAGCGCCGACACACCUCCACCAAUGUCGCCAACCUGAAGCAGUACCCUCAGCAGCCCUACAUGAGCCGGGUCAACGGCGACAUCAACGCCAGCAGCUGGAACGAGGAGUUCUCGAGAGAUGCGUUUGGCGGCUAUUAUAGCAAGGGCUGGUAA